AGGAGCAUUGCAAUGCGGUACAACAGCAGUGGCGAACCAGAGGCUAGUUCUCAACACAGAACCUCUUCAGUCUAAAGCUAAGUGGAUAGAGACCUCACUGAGUGACACAUCCUCACCUGUUGUGUUCCUGGAUACCAGCCAGAUAGAUGCACAUGACUCUGUUGAUGAACAGGGCCUGGUAAAGAAUGAAGCGGAGGUUGAGAUUGUUUGUGAAAUAACAGAUACGCUUAUACAGUGUGGUGCAAAGCCAGAAGACAUCGGAGUUAUAGCUCCUUAUCGGAACCAAGUCAAGUUAAUUAAGGAGAAAUUUAUCCGGCAUGGUGCAAAUAUUGGACUAGGGUCUCAUAAUGGCAUAGGGCAUGGCAUAAAUAAUGGAACAGCAUCAGUGGAGGUGAAUACUGUGGACCAGUAUCAGGGAAGAGAUAAGGAGAUUAUAAUUGUGUCAUUCGUUCGCAGCAGCAAUGAUCCAAAUACACCUGUGGGGGAGUUACUGAAGGAUUCCAGACGACUCAAUGUAGCGAUCACUCGUGCCAAAUGUAAACUGAUCCUAUUGGGUAACAAGUCUACCUUGGUCUCCUAUGAACCAAUCAAAACCAUCCUGGAUGCAUUGAUACCAGAACAAGUUGUCCAACUAACGAGAUGACACUGUGCAACAAGAUGACAUCAGUCCAUAAGAUGUCACAUUGCUAACUAGAAAACAUUGCUCAUUGCAAAACAAAUGACACCUGUGUACAAGAUGACUCUCAAACUAGAUGACAUCAGCACAUUGAAUGGCUCAUUACUAAAUAGAUGAUACAGAGCACUGGUUGACAUUGUCUCACAUGAUGACACCAACUCACUAUUUGAUACAUUACCUAGGAGACAACAACUCAAUGUGUCACUUGCUAACUCACUAAGGUGUCACUUGCUAACUCACUAAGGUGUCACUUGCUAA